GUUUCUGAGAACGACCUGAAAAUGCCUGAACAAGUGAAAGCACCGAAGAAGGGCUCCAAGAAAGCCGUUUCUAAAGCCACCAAGCCCGGCAGGAAGAGGAAGAGGAGCAGGAAGGAGAGCUACGGCAUCUACGUGUACAAGGUCCUGAAGCAGGUCCACCCCGAUACCGGGAUCUCCUCCAAGGCCAUGCUGAUCAUGAACUCCUUCGUCAGCGACAUCUUCGAGCGCAUCGCCGGGGAGUCCUCUCGUCUGGCUCACUACAACAAGCGCUCCACCAUCACCUCCCGGGAGAUCCAGACCGCAGUCCGUCUCUUGCUGCCCGGGGAGCUGGCCAAGCACGCCGUGUCUGAGGGCACCAAGGCUGUGACCAAGUACACCAGCUCUAAGUAAACCAGAUCCAACUCAAACCGCUGAACCAGCAACACAAAG